AUCCACAAUCCAAACACUCUUACCCAAAACUUUCUCCUCUUCCAAUUAAAAUCAAAAGAGAAACAAAGGAAAAAAGAAAUCAUAUCGAAAACAUGGAAAACACCACCCUCUUCGACGUCAGCGGCAAAGUCGUCCUCGUAACCGGCGGCGCCAAAGGCAUUGGCCGCAUGAUCAGCGAGGGCUUCGUACGCAACGGUGCCACCGUCUUCGUCUCCUCGCGCGACGCCAAAGCAUGCGAGGCAGCGUGCAAGGAGAUGAAUGCGCUGGGCAAGGGCAAGGCAGAUUUCAUAGCCGCAGACUUGUACAAGGAGGAUGCGGCUGCGUAUAUUGCCGCGGAGUUGGGCAAGAGGACUACGAAACUCGACGUCCUCGUCAACAACAGCGGCAGCAACUGGGGCGAAUCCUACGAUAAAUACCCCGCGGCGGCUUGGGACCGCGUGCUGAACCUCAACCUCAAGCGCGUCUUCCAACUCACACAGGCCGUUACGCCCCUGUUGGAAGCAGCAGCUUCGCCCUCCUCCCCCGCCCGCAUUAUCAACAUCGGCAGCGUAGACGGCCUGCGCGUCCCCGCCCUCGAGACGUUUGCGUACUCGGCGUCUAAAGCCGGAUUGCACCAUAUGAGCCGGGUGCUGGCGAGCCAUCUGGGUAAGAGGGGGAUUACGAGUAAUACGAUUGCGUGCGGUCCGUUUCAGAGUAAGAUGAUGAAGGCGACGCUGGAGAAGUAUCAGGAUGUGAUUACGGGGGGUAUUCCGCUGGGCAGGAUCGGUACGCCCGAGGAUGUAGCCGGCACAUGUAUUUGGUUGUCCAGCCGAGCGGGGUCGUAUGUCAAUGGUGCGACGAUUACGUUGGAUGGCGGCAGUGUUGUUGGUGCCAAGUUGUAGAGCUUGGUUGGCAUGGCGUGUAAAAAAAGUAAGCCUAGUUAUCGAAUCCAUGUAGUACGCAUAGAAAAAAACAAGAAACGUAAUUAAACCCUCAAGAAUGCAUGGGCUCUGUA